GACUGGGAAAAAGCUCUCGUCAGUGUCAAAAAUCAAAACAAACCCCAGAACAGAGGUUUUUAGUGAAAAUAUUUAAUAUUUAAGGCAAAUGACGUAAAUUGUACAGAGAAUUUGACACGUGUGAAAAAGCUCAAUUUUGCUUAGAGAAUUAUGCUGAGAAACUUGCUGUUUCCCUCGAGGAUUCUCUGGAGAUCGUGUGGAAAGAGUAGCUAUAAUGUGAGGAGUCAGAUAAGACUGUUGAGCCAGAAUCAGGGCAACCAGGAAGUCAAGAAGAGACUCAGAUCGACGCUGUAUUACUUCACAGCCGCCGGCGUUUUGACGGUGGGGCUCAGUUACGCCGCUGUGCCUCUGUACAGGAUGUUCUGCCAGGCCUACAGUUACGGAGGCACCACAGCCACGAAUCACGAUGGUUCCAAAGUGGAGAAAAUGCAGAAAAUCGAAGACAGAAUCAUCAAGAUAAAGUUCAACGCGGAUCUCGGAGCGGCAAUGCGAUGGAAUUUCAAGCCACAGCAAGUCGAAAUAUUGGUGGCGCCCGGAGAGACUGCGCUGGCGUUCUACACGGCAAAGAAUCCCACUAAUCAUCCCGUUAUCGGCAUCAGCACGUACAACGUGAUUCCCUUCGAAGCUGGCCAGUAUUUCAACAAGAUUCAGUGCUUCUGCUUCGAAGAGCAGCAACUCAAUCCGCACGAGGAGGUGGACAUGCCCGUGUUCUUCUACAUUGACCCGGAAUUCUGUGAGGAUCCGAAGAUGGAGUUGGUCGACGAAAUCACACUUUCUUACACGUUUUUCGAGUCAAAAGAGGGACUCUCACUGCCUAUGCCCACGUUCGCGAAGCCACACUAGUUCACUGCUUGUUGGCACAAGUUGUAAAAUAGUCUUUUAGAACGAAUU